AUGAGAUAAAUUUGAUUUUAAUGUAUUGUUGUGUGAACGGGUGUAAUAGAAUCAAAGCCAAUUAAAAGUGGCAGAUUUUCCAGUGCUGCUGUGAAUACUGUAAAUGGGCGUGCCGGCCGCACAACAAAAGCAUCACAACAAAAACAACGGGUCUGCUUCCGGUUUCUGGAUGUAGCUGUCAGACUCCAGCAUCUGCUUAACUGGGAAUCGCUUUAUCAGCAGCAUUAUUAUGAGCGAAGGAGAAGUGUUUCAUGAGAAGCAACGGUUGGAGCUGUGCGCGAUUCAUGCACUCAACAACGUGCUCCAGGAGCGGGUGUUUACCAAGGAGACAGCCGACGACAUCUGCAAACGGCUGGCUCCACAGUGCGUGGUCAACCCUCAUCGCUCAGUGUUAGGCACAGGAAACUAUGAUGUCAACGUCAUCAUGGCGGCACUACAGAGCAGGGAACUGGCUGCGGUGUGGUGGGACAAACGCAGGACGGUUCAGAGCCUUUGCAUGUCAAAGGUCCAGGGUUUUAUUCUCAAUGUCCCAUCAAGAGUAUCUCUGGGGAUCGUGUCCCUCCCACUCCGACGGCGGCACUGGCUCGCGGUUCGGCAAGUUAAUGGACAGUACUACAACCUCGACUCCAAACUGAAGAGUCCUGUCUGUAUUGGGGGAGAAGCAGAACUACGCACAUUUCUCAGCGAACAGCUUUCUCAGGAUGUGGCAGAGAUGCUCCUGGUUGUCCGGCGGGAGGUAGAGGAGGAUGGUUCAUGGCUGAACUCUGACAACCCCAAGAAGUGAUGCCUUGGGACAGGAUAUACCUUCACAUAGCAUGAAAAAAAAAACUCCUCUGGGAAAAUGACAGACUUCUGUUUUUAAAACAAACACCUCAUUACA